AUGUUGUCACCAAGUUCCUCUGCAGUGAUACUUUGCCUCUUUGCUGUUAUUUUUCCAGUAAGUUUCUUUCAUUUCCAUUCUCCUCAACUGGAUUCAGACAACAAGUAUUUUUCUCACGUUCCAUAUUUAUUUCAUCUUUCCAUUUCGUAAACGUAAUCGCAGAGCAGCGGAAGUAGCAUGAAUGUAGGCUUUAGUAACUUAAAAAAGUUAAGCUAAAUCUCUGACCGCACUUAAUCUACUGAAGGGAAGCUUUUCAAGCAUUUCUGAUCUGUGACAAAGCAUGAAAAUUUCAGAAUUAUGAUGCUACUGAAGGUAAUUUACUUUGCUCAGGUAAUAUCUAGAGCACAGCCUUCGUGAGGAUAGUCACUCGGCUUACGCGCUUAAAGUUUCGUUUAAAUUUUGUUGGUCUUUUAGGUCAAGGGUGAUCAUCAUAUAGACGAACAUUCAGUGGAGUGUAAGGUGGGAAAUUCUGAUAUGUAAAUCUUUCUGUUAUCCAAAGAAAUCUCUCUUUAUCACCAUCCCCUUUCAAUUAGAGGUCUCAACGAUUGGUAAUUAUCCGCACGAAUUGGAAGACCUCCCUCUAAAUUAGCUGAGAGAAUCUGUUAUUGUAUCAUAGUUUGCUUUGAUCGCCUGCAGAAUGGUGUUUUGCUACAGUGAGAAGAGGUUACACGUUAAUGAACUUAGGGAAUGAAGGAUUUUUUAGAGCUAGACUGAGUUCUUUUUUUCGCAUUUACGCAAGUUAUCACAGGUUUGAAACUGUUAAAAUGAUAAAGUAAAAAAGAAUUAAAUCUUGACAGAAUAACACACCAGAAUUUGGGUUGUUAAUUUGUAAUAGUCUCCCUGGAUUAAAUAAUAAAUACCUAAACUGAGGUAUACACUGUACCUGCAUAAAGGUGGACGUCAAAGAGCCAAAUUUAAGUUUUUAGUUCACUUCCGGUUGAAAGAUAGAUAUCUUGUAUCUUGUCACGGGAGAAGCGAGAAGCGAGAGCUUCUGAUUCCGCCAUCCGUGGAUGUACCUCUGAACUACAGAGGCUCCACGGUGAGCCAGGCUACUGAGCACGAAGUUUAAAUGUGACAGGUGCCUGCAUAUUUCUAAUAUCAGCAAUUUCGCGAUCGAAAGCGUCAAGUUCUUAAAGGUGAUAAGAAAGCUCGGCUUUGAAAUUAUUCCAUUCAAUUUCUGUCCAUUACCAGGGAAAUUACUGUCCCAAGCCGAUGCCUGAUGUUUAUCAGAAACCAUUUCGCCCUAAGUCGUGCGUUGAUUACUAUGUACCAGGCAAAUCGACAUGUGGCAUUUACCGGCUUUUCGACGAGCAUGGCAACAGUUAUCCCGCCUACUGCGACUUCAAGUCUGAGCCAGGUACAGCAUGGACCCUGGUGAUGUCCUGGGCUAACAUCAAUCGUGGGCUUCCUGAGUUCAGACAAACUCCUUUCAAGUACGACGCUCCAAUCAACGAGAAUUCUCAUAACUGGUAUAUGUACCGCCAGAGUCUGAAGCGAAUAAGGUCCCUUGCAGCCCACUCAACUCACUGGCGAGCAACCUGCAACUACCCAAGCCAUGGUGUCGAUUUCACAGACUACGUCCGUGGUAACUUUAAGGACUUCGACAUUGUUAACUUCCUUGGGUCUGGAGUGUGCAAGAAGGUGGAACACGUGAAUAUCCGGGGACAUAUUGGCACUCAUCUUACAGCACGCUUCUGGCAGGUUAACGACACUUUCACCUUGCAUAUCGACAGCGGUAGUGGCGGCUGCGAUUUUGACCCAAGGGCUGGCUCGGUGUCGUCUGAAGACAACUUUGGGUUCUAUUUAGUUAUCAACCCUAAGUUCCGUUGCACCAAGAGAAAGUUCUCCACCACACAAUGGUGGUUCGGAGCUCAUCUCUAG